AAUGAUAAGAUUAAAGUUCAAGUAAAGGUCAAAUGAGAUUCAUAACACACAAUACGUCAAAACCAGUUUGCUAUUUAUGUAUUAAAAAUUAUAACCUCAAAAUAUAUUCAUUUUACAUUGAUUUAUUGUAAAUAUCAACUAAAUGUAUAUCUUUUGAAUAUGCUAAAAUUACAUCUAAAAUAAUAAUUUAAUCGGUAAUAUGACAAAUAUGCGUGACAAGACGUACUACGUUUUCCUUGUAACCUUGGUGUCAGUUUUGCAAGCAUCAGUGGUCUACGAUGUUUAUGAUAGAGGUACGCACUGGCACAAUAUAAGUCAUAGCCGGCAAAAACGAGACGAACCAGAUUGUAGUAUGAACGAAUGGAGAUGCAACGAAGGGACAUGUGUAAGGAUCAAUAGCGAUUGUGAUGGCAUCAUAGAUUGUCCUGACGGCAGUGACGAGACCUUUGAAUUAUGCAGAAAUCAUGAAUGUGAUGCAUUUACAUUUCGUUGUAACUAUGGUGCGUGUGUUGACGAAUCAGCUCCCUGCAACCACAAGCAAGAAUGCCCUGAUGACUCCGAUGAGCAAUUGCCCAGAUGUAAAGGACAGACUAUUAUAGAAGGUGAUAAGUUCAGAUGUCUAGACGGUCAGUUGCUACCACUAGACCGUCGUUGCAAUGGUAUUGUAGAUUGUAACGAUCGAUCUGAUGAGACGUUAUCAUCUUGCGCGGAAUUGACUUGCAACGAGGAUCAAUUUCAAUGUGAAUACGGUGGAUGUGUGGAUGCUGAGGCACAGUGUAAUCGGACAAUAGAAUGUGUGGAUGAAUCAGAUGAGAAGGUGGAAUUGUGUGGAGUACGUACACUUAUCAGGCCAACAACUCCCGAACCAGUUACAGAACCUCCUAAAUGCACAAUACCUGAAGCACCAACCAAUGGCUCAUAUAAUGUUAUAAGAGAAACAAACACAACUGAAGUAGACUAUCUCUCGUUGGAGUAUUCCUGUGAUCAGGGCUUUAAGUUAGUUGGAGAAGUUAAAGUGGUUUGUCUCAAUGGUAUAUGGCAGGAAAAACCAAGAUGUAUACAAACUUGUGAACUGAUUAAACAUUUAAGUGUUGAUUACGAAUGCUUUGAAGAGUCAGGGAAACCCAGAGCUUGUUAUACAGAGGAAAUAGAAGGCACUGUGGUAAAGACAUCUUGUAAAGCACCUCAUUAUUACUCUCCAGUAGAAUUGCCGUAUAUGCAUUGUAUACAGGGUGUUUGGACUUCAGGACCUGCUUGUGCUGUAGAAUGCGGUGUACAACCACCUAAGUCUACCCCGUUAGUACUACGUGGUCGUGAUGCUCGAUUCGCAGAAGUGCCAUGGCAUGUUGGCAUUUAUUUUAAAAAUCCAAUGAGCAAGACACAUGUACAGAUCUGCGGUGGAUCUCUGAUUAGUAACACUGUUGUGUUAUCAGCUGCCCAUUGCUUUUGGAAUGAAGAUAUAAGGGGCCUAAAUCGCCCAAUGUGGUACUCUCUAGCAGUAGGCAAACUGUAUAGGGACUGGAAUCAUCCAAAUGACGAACUAUAUGUCCAGAAAUCUGGCGUAUCAGAUAUAAUAGUGCCAAAACUGUAUCGUGGUUUAGAGUUGUACUACAAAAAUGAUAUAGCCUUAGUAUUCGCGACACAAGCAUUCCAAUACAAGCCGCACGUAGUACCUGUUUGUCUAGACUUUACUGAAGAAUUAGGUAAUCUGCAACUUAGGAAUGGAAACCGUGGCAAGGCAGCAGGUUGGGGCUUGACUACCGGAUUAGCAGGCUCUGAAGCCCCCAGACUGAAGGUCAUAGAGUUACCUUACGAGAACUAUGAAAGCUGUUUGAAUCUAACAUCACCAGCGUUGUCUCGAUACCUCACAUAUGAUGACAAGAUCUGCGCAGGAUCUUUGGAUGGUGAGGCUCUCUGUCGUGGUGACAGUGGUGGUGGUCUGGCAUUCCCCUGGGAUGAGGAUGGUAAGGCUAGGUUUUAUCUCCGAGGAGUUGCAUCUACCAGUCCACCGUCUAAUGAUGUGACAGUAUGUAAUGUUCGAGCUUUAACCAGUUUCACAUCAGUUAUUAAGUUUGAGAAAUUUGUUAAAGCGUAUUGGUAUCCGUGAUUUACUUUAUUUGUAGAUUUUAAAUAUAUUUUUACGAAAUUU